AACUCCUCCUCCUUUAUGCUUGGCCUGGGUGGGUAUAUUCUGCGGUUUGAUUCUCUCUCUUAAACAGUGUUUACCACAACGUAACGUAAUAAAGAAAGAACAGAUAGACAGAGAAAGAGAGAGAGAGAGACUCCUAUGGGCCCUCAAUCUAAGGUGUUGAUUCCUGUGUUUAUUAGAGAUUCUUCUGUGCCCUAUGAUCUGUAAUGGGAGUUUGUGAAUGGCUACUUCAACUCGUUUGUGUUUAUGAUAAAAGUGGUGAUGAUGAUGUUGGCAUAAGGGUUGACAAUGGCUAUCUCUUAAUGUUUUGAUGCCUGAACUGAAGGAUCUGCUAACAUGGAAUAGACUAAAUUGACCUUUUCAAGUGCCAUAUUAGUUGCAGUGCUAUCUGUCUUUCACUAAAUUCUCAGCAGGAUUUUAAGGAAUAUGGCUACUUACAUUAUGUUGUGAAAGCAUGUCUGUUUGUAGCUGUUAGGAGUAAGUGAUAUUUAUCAGAAGGAAAAUAUAUAUAUAUAUAUAUAUAUAUAUAUAUAUAUAUAUAUAAAUGUAUAAAUAUAUAUUAGGAAUAAGUGGUGGGAGUAUUAAGUACAAAUUGUGAAAGGGAAUAUUUAUCAUCAACGAAGAGUGCACUAUUUUUUUCUUUGGUAAGUAGAAUAAUACUACUCUGAAGUCUCUGAUGGAAGAAGCUUUGCUUCAAAGCCAAAAGAAAACUCGCAAAGUUUUACUGGGUGGGUCUCAGAAAGAUCUGUGGCUUGUUGUGCGAGAGGGCUCUGUGGCCGAUGUAGAAUUGGCUUUGGCAUCACUGAAGAAGAGUGGGGGUAACAUAAAUUCAAGGAACACAUUUGGCCUCACGCCUCUUCAUAUUGCAACAUGGAGAAAUCACAUACCCAUUGUUAAGAGGCUACUUGCGGCUGGUGCAGACUCUAACGCAAGGGAUGGUGAAUCAGGAUGGAGUAGCCUUCACAGGGCUCUACAUUUUGGUCAUCUUGCAGUGGCAAGUAUUCUUCUUCAAUCUGGUGCUUCUAUCACAUUGGAGGACUCUAAAUUCCGAACACCCAUCGAUCUACUUUCUGGGCCUGUGUUGCAGGUGGUAGGAAAUGCAGAUAAUUCAGCGACUGAGGUGUUUAGUUGGGGAAGUGGUGUGAACUAUCAACUUGGAACUGGAAACGCCCACAUUCAGAAGUUACCAUGCAAGGUUGAUUCACUUCAUGGAUCAUUUAUCAAAUUGAUUUCUGCUGCAAAAUUCCAUAGUGUAGCAGUCAGUGCUUGUGGAAAAGUCUACACUUGGGGAUUUGGAAGGGGGGGCCGCCUUGGGCACCCUGAUUUCGAUAUUCACAGUGGUCAAGCUGCAGUUAUCAUUCCACGACAGGUGACUUCUGGGUUAGGGGCUCGCCGAGUGAAGGCAAUUGCAGCAGCUAAACAUCAUACAGUUGUUGCAACAGAGAGCGGGGAAGUGUUUACUUGGGGUUCUAAUAGAGAGGGUCAACUUGGCUACACUUCUGUGGACACCCAACCUACGCCACGGAGAGUGAGUUCCCUGAGGUCAAAAAUAGUUGCUGUUUCUGCUGCUAACAAGCACACUGCUGUAGUUUCAGAGUGCGGUGAGGUUUUUACAUGGGGCUGCAAUAAAGAGGGUCAACUUGGUUAUGGCACCUCUAACUCAGCUUCAAAUUACACUCCAAGAGCGGUUGAAUACUUGAAAGGCAAAGUUUUUGUUAGAGUUGCAACAGCAAAAUAUCACACAAUCGUUUUAGGAACUGAUGGAGAGGUAUUAACUUGGGGUCACAGACUUGUCACUCCAAGACGUGUAGUAAUCUCAAGGAACAUAAAAAAAAGUGGGAGCACUCCACUGAAGUUCCACCGUAAAGAACGGCUACAUGUGGUUGCUAUAGCUGCAGGGAUGGUGCAUAGCAUGGCUCUUACAGAUGAUGGUGCACUAUUUUAUUGGGUUUCCUCUGAUCCUGAUCUUCACUGCCAACAGCUAUAUUCGCUGUGUGGAAGUAGCAUGGUGAGUGUUUCUGCUGGGAAGUACUGGACUGCUACAGUAACAUCUACAGGUGAUGUUUAUACGUGGGAUGGGAAGAAAAGAAAGCAUGAGCCACCCACUGUGACUCGGUUACAUGGCGUAAAGAGGGCUACUUCAGUAUCAGUUGGAGAAACACAUCUAUUGGUUAUUAAUUCUCUCUAUCAUCCUAUCUAUCCUCCUAAUGUUGUCAAUAAUUCUCAGAAACUGAACCAAAAGGUUAGAAAUGAAUUAGAUGAGUUAAAUGAAGAUUUUAUGUUUAACGAUAUGGAGUCCGACAAAAUUUUAUCUGCUGUACAAAACGAUGAUGUUGGCAACAGGCCAAUACCAAGUUUAAAAAACCUUUGUGAGAAAGUGGCAGCUGAAUGUUUGGUGGAACCACGAAAUGCUAUACAACUACUUGAAAUUGCAGAUUCACUGGGAGCAGAUGAUCUUAGGAAACAUUGUGAGGAUAUCGCUAUUCGCAACCUUGAUUAUAUUCUCUCUGUCUCAGCUCAUGCUAUUGGUAGCACCUCACUUGAUGUUCUAGCUAAUCUUGAGAAAUUGUUUGAUUUGAGGUCAUCUGAACCCUGGAGUUACCGUCGGCUUCCAACCCCAACAGCUACUGUUCCCGUAAUUAUUAACAGUGAAGAAGAGGAUGGGGAGAGUGAAUGUUUUAGGACUCGUGACAGCAGUAACAAAAAACAAACCUCUAAGAAAGAAAGAGACCAGAAGAUAGAUUACUUCCUAAAACCCAAUGAUGAAGUGGAUCAAGAAAUUUGUAAAGAAGUCCGUGCUUUAAGGAAAAAAUUGCAACAGAUUGAAACGCUUGAAGACAAGCAGUCCAAGGGUUAUCCUCUCGAUGACCAGCAGAUUGCAAAGCUUCAGACAAGGUCAUCUCUGGAGAGCUCACUAGUUGAGCUCGGCAUUCCGAUUGAGACAAUGAAUGCAAAAACAUAUUCAGUUUUAUCAGACGGAAAAGGAAGUAAAAAGGCGGAGGUAUCAAGAAAACAGAGGAGAAAGAGCAGACGAAAGGUAGGACAGCUGGAAGCAGAUUCUGGCAAUUAUGGGACUGGAGUAGAACCCAACCCCGUCAAGGGUUUCUUAAAUGCCGAAAUCUCUCAAGUAAAGCAAAAGGAUGACAACGCAGAGUUUGAAGGAACUGCGGGCAACCAAGUCAUGGAAGAGUCUCCGUUCUGCAUUAAGAUGAACCUUUCGGACAUUCCACGAAGUAGUAGUCCGUCACCAAAAGCAUCUAAGAAGAAAAAUAAGAAAGGUGGGCUUUCUAUGUUCUUGAGUGGCGCCCUUGAUGACAUUCCUAAAGAUGCUGCUCCCCCACCAACAGUGCCUAAAAAUGAGGGGCCUGCUUGGGGUGGUGCCAAAGUUUCAAAGGGAUCUACCUCUCUCCGUGAGAUACAGGAUGAGCAGCAAAAAACCAAAGGGAAUCAUCCCAUUAGGAGCAAAGACCAGGUUGAAGAUCCUUCUGACGGCAAAAAUGGAGGAAAAUUUCGACUGAGUUCAAUUUUGCCUUCCAAUCCUAUACCUGUGGUUUCAACUCAUACAUCACAGGUGUCCGAUGGAGAGAGAAGCACACCUCCUUGGACUGCUUCCGGGACCCCACCGUUUCAUUCUCGUCCAUCGUUUAGGGACAUUCAAUUGCAACAGGGAAAACAUCAUCAAAAUCUUUCCCAUAGCCCGAAGACUAGAACAACUGGAUUCUCAGUUGCUACUGGUCAGGGCUCACCGUCAGAUCCUAGUGGUCCAAACCGCUGGUUCAAACCGGAGAUCAAUGCACCCUCAUCAAUCCAUUCUAUUCAGAUUGAGGAGAGGGCUAUAAAGGACCUCAAACGUUUUUACAGCAGUGUUAAAAUUGUAAAAAACACCUCUUGAAGGGUUAGAGACUUGACUUUUUUCGUCUUCUUUCCGUGUCCUUCAUUGAUUUAUUUAUUUAUUUUUCGUGGUGCACUGCUGUAAUUGACUGUAUAGAUGAUCUUACUGUACAGUCUUCUUUUAUUUUUCCUUUUUCAAAGAAAAUGUUUUUAAGGUA